CACCGUCCCUCCUGAGGGUACAAAGCAGAAGAUUGAGCUCCGUGUUGAAAGGGUGCUCCAUGUAGGCCCCACCGAUCCUGCAAAGUACCCGAUUCCCAAAACGAAGCUCUCUCUUGAGUUUUUGAGGGAUCAUAUUCACCUUCGGCCCCGAACUAACACGAUUUCUGCAGUUGCUCGAAUUCGCAAUGCACUUGCUUUUGCCACGCACUCUUUCUUUCAAGAGCAUGGUUUUCUAUACGUUCACACCCCCAUCGUCACCACAAGUGAUUGUGAAGGUGCCGGUGAAAUGUUUCAAGUUACUACCUUGAUUAAUGAAGCUGAAAAGCUGGACAAGGAGCUGAUUGAGAACCCUCCUCCUACAGAGGCUGACAUAGAAGCUGCAAGGCUUACUGUUAUGCAGAAAGGUGAGGUUGUUGCUCAACUCAAAGCUGCCAAGGCAACCAGGGACGAUAUUAGUGCUGCAGUCGCAGGACUAAAAAUAGCCAAAGAGGAUCUCUCAAGGCUGGAGGAAAGAGCUAAGCUUAAACCUGGUAUCCCUAAAAAAGAUGGCAAGAUUGAUUAUGCUCAGGAUUUCUUUUCUCGUCAAGCUUUUUUGACCGUCUCUGGCCAACUUCAAGUUGAAACAUAUGCCUGUGCUGUCACUAGUGUCUAUACAUUCGGACCAACCUUUAGAGCUGAGCAUUCUCACACUUCAAGGCAUUUGGCUGAGUUUUGGAUGGUGGAGCCUGAAAUAGCAUUUGCUGAUCUUCAGGAUGACAUGAACUGUGCAGAGGCAUAUGUGAAAUAUAUGUGUCAAUGGCUACUCGACAAGUGUUUAGAUGACAUGGAACUUAUGGCAAAGCUUUAUGAUAAAGGUUGCAUUGAUCGUCUAAGAAUGGUUUCUUCUACCCCUUUUGAGCGUAUUUCUUACACAGAAGCAGUGCGACUGCUAGAGGAGGCAGUGAGGGGUGGUAAGGAGUUUGAGAAGAAUGUGGAAUGGGGGAUUGAUUUGGCAUCCGAGCAUGAAAGAUACUUGACAGAGGAGAUAUUUAAGAAGCCUGUAAUUGUGUACAACUAUCCGAAAGGAAUAAAAGCUUUCUACAUGAGGCUUAAUGAUGAUUCAAAGACAGUGGCUGCUAUGGAUAUCCUUGUACCAAAGGUGGGAGAAUUGAUUGGUGGAAGCCAAAGGGAGGAGCGCUAUGAGGUUAUUCAGCAGAGAAUUGUUGAGAUGGGACUGCCGCUUGAGCCAUAUGACUGGUACCUUGACCUGAGACGUUACGGGACUGUAAAACAUUGUGGAUUUGGCUUGGGCUUUGAGAGGAUGAUACUUUUUGCCACUGGAAUUGACAAUAUCAGAGAUGUCAUCCCAUUCCCCAGAUACCCGGGCAGAGCAGAUCUGUGAUAUUUUAGUUGAUAGUAUACACAACAAUGUUUUCACUUUGCCUAUAGAAUUCAACGGUCUGUUCUGCUCUACUUCCCAACCUAAAUUGUUUGGUUUUUGAUGCAGACCUAAUUUGCAAACUCAAAUCAUAGGUGGUGAGGUUUUCUUGUUUUGUAAAACGUAUUUUAUGCUAUAUGGUCAACGAUGCUGCUUGAGAUUUUCUUCUGGCGAUA